AACAACAACCACAAUGCCUCCGCCUAAGUAUUGGAUCAUUCUUGGUUUAAGUUUACAUAUUUUUUUCGUAGAUAAAGAAGUUAAAGCACAGUCUCCCUGGGGGGAUAUUGCGCAGACGGAACUGGAUGAGGCACUCCGAGUAACUGCCAACACUAAUGUUGCUAAGAACGUCAUUGUGUUCCUAGGAGACGGGAUGAGCAUCUCCACGGUAACGGCCUCCAGGAUUCUUCAAGGUCGUCUGAAGGCAGAGCUAGGGGAGGGAAACUAUCUAGCAUUCGAAAAGUUUCCAAAUUCAGGCCUGAUAAAGACAUACUGUAAUGAUCAAACAACGCCCGAUUCAGCCUCCACCGCCACCGCCAUCUUGUGCGGGGUCAAAACAAACGCCCGCACACUCGGGGUCAAGGACAGCGCUGUGCUUGGUAACUGUACGUCACAGGCCGGUAAUGAAGUGAAUAGUAUUCUGGAUUGGUUCAACGCUGAUGGUAGAUCCACAGAUAUCGUAACGACAGCCAGGAUCACACACGCCACCCCCGGGGCUGGCUACGCCCACUCCGCUGAUAGGGAUUGGGAAGGAGACUCGGAGAUGGAGGGGGUGACCGGGGGAUGUAAGGACAUCGCCUAUCAGUUGGUUAAAGAAAAUCAACACAUACAGGUACUCUUUGGGGGUGGUCGCUAUUAUUUCCUUCCGAAUACUACAAAUGAUCCUAAACAUGGCGACAAAAAUGUGAAAAAACAGAGGAGGGACGGGUUAGAUCUAACCAAGUUUGAUAUUUUGUAA